GGCAUCUCGGUGUCAACUGCACAGCCCCUCUCCUCCCCCCAGUAUUUUUUUUCCCCUCCUCUUAACCGGCAGCGCCUCAGCCCCUGCCCGGGGGAGGCUCCGGGGGCCGCGCCGGGGGCCGGUCCCGGCGCUUCUGGGGGGAGCUGAAACCCUGUAGGCUUUUUUUUUUUUUUGGGGGGGGGGGGGGGGGGGUUGUUUUAAAUAGGUGGAACCGAAACCACUCGGUUUCCUGGAAACUUUGUUUUCCUUUUCUUUCCCUCCGCCGUCCCGGCCGCGGGGGUGUGCGCGGCGCCGUAUAAACGGGCCGAGCGGCGGGGCCGAGCGGCGGGGCCGGGCGGGGGAGCAGCACCGGGACAGGCACCAGCACACCCUGGCGCAGGCACCAUGGGCGAAGAGCUGGUACUCGAGACGUGGGACCUGCAGUGCGAGCGCAAUGGCCGGGAGCACCGGACGGCGGAGCUGAGUGGGCAGCAGCUGGUGGUGCGGCGGGGCCAGCCCUUCACCAUCACCCUGCACUUCUCGGGCCGCGGCUACGAGGAGGGAGUGGACAAACUCGCCUUCAACGUGGAGACCGGGCCCUGCCCCAUCGAGACAUCAGGAACCAGGUCCCACUUUGCUGUGACCGACUUCCCAGAGGAAUCGAGCUGGAGUGCCGUGAUCCAGCAGCAGGAUGGGGACUCGCUCUCUGUCUCACUCUGCUCCCCUCCCAGUGCCCGCAUCGGCCGCUACCACCUGACGCUGGAGACCUCCACCGGCUACCAGGGCUCCAGCUGCCACCUCGGGGACUUCGUCCUGCUCUUUAAUGCCUGGCACCCAGAGGACACAGUUUUCCUCCGAGAUGAGGACGAGCGUGGGGAGUACGUGCUGGCUCAGCAGGGGCUCAUCUACCAGGGUGCCUGCGAAUACAUCACCUCCACCCCCUGGAACUUCGGCCAGUUCGAGGACGACAUCUUGUCCAUCUGCCUCAAGCUGCUGGACACAAACCCCAAAUUCCUGAGGGACCAGAACCGGGAUUGCUCCCGCCGCAAUGAUCCCGUGUACAUCGGACGGGUGGUGAGCGCCAUGGUCAAUUGUAACGACGAGGACCGGGGGGUGCUGGCGGGGCGAUGGGACAACUGCUAUGAGGACGGGACGAGCCCCAUGGCCUGGAUCGGGAGCGUGGAUAUUCUCAAGAGGUGGCAGAAAUUUGGGUGUCAGCCGGUCAAGUAUGGCCAGUGCUGGGUCUUCGCUGCCGUGGCGUGUACUGUCCUGCGCUGCCUGGGCAUCCCCAGCCGGGUGGUCACCAACUACAACUCUGCCCACGACACCAACGGCAACCUGGUCAUCGACCGCUACCUCAGUGAGACGGGGGAGGAGGAGCGGCGCUCCCGGGACAUGAUCUGGAACUUCCACUGCUGGGUGGAAUCCUGGAUGGCCCGUCCAGACCUGGCGCCCGGCUAUGAUGGGUGGCAGGCGCUGGACCCAACACCCCAGGAGAAGAGCGAAGGGGUUUUCUGCUGCGGGCCAGCCCCCGUCAGAGCCAUCAGGGAGGGCGACCUGCAGCUGCGGUAUGACGUCCCCUUCGUCUUCGCGGAGGUGAACGCGGACGUGGUGUACUGGGUGGUGCGGCAGGAUGGGUCACAGAAGAAGAGCACCCACUCCUCAGUCGUGGGCAAGAACAUCAGCACCAAGAGCGUGGGCAGGGACAGCAGGGAGGACAUCACCCACACAUACAAGUACCCCGAGGGGUCUGAAAAGGAGCGAGAAGUGUUUGCGAAGGCAGAACAUGAGAAGAGCUCCCUCAGGGAGGAGGACGAGGGGCUGCACCUCCGGAUUAAGCUGUCGGAGGGUGCAAACAAUGGCUGCGACUUCGACGUCUUUGCCGUCAUCACCAACAACACGGACACGGAGCGGGUCUGCCGGCUGAUGCUCUGUGCCCGCACCGCCAGCUACAGCGGCAGCGUCGGGCCCCAGUGCGGCAUGAAGGACCUGCUGAACGUUGCCCUCGAGCCCCGGGCCGAGAAGCGUGUGCCCCUGCGGAUCCUGUAUGAGAAAUAUGGGGAGAGCCUGACCCCGGACAACAUCAUCAAGGUGGUGGCUCUCCUGACCGAGUACCAGACGGGUGACGUGCUCGUGGCUGUCAGGGACGUCUACAUCCAGAAUCCGCAGAUCAAGAUCAGGGUUUUAGGGGAGCCGAUGCAGCAGCGGAAGCUGGUGGCGGAGAUCAGCCUGGUGAACCCCCUGGGAGCCCCCCUGAACAACUGCGUGUUCGUGGUGGAGGGCGCCGGCCUCACCGAGGGGCAGCAGAUCAAGGAGCUCGAGGAGCCCGUGGAGCCGCAGGCAGAGGCCAAGGUCAGGCUGGACUUGGUGCCACGCCAAGCAGGGCUGCACAAGCUCAUGGUGGACUUCGAGAGCGACAAGCUGACAGGGGUGAAGGGCUAUCGCAACGUCAUCAUCGCGCCCCAGCCCAAGUGAGGGGCCCCGCCUCCCACAGACACCCUGCGUCCCUUCUGCCCGGGUCGCGUGGCCCCUGCUCGCUUUAGCCCAGGAUGGUCCCCGCGGCACGUAAAGGACGUUGCCAAAGCCCAGCCUGACCCAGCAUGGCAGCCGCAGUGCCGGCUCCUCCCCAGAGUGCUCGGUGCUGCAGGAGAGAUGUGACGGAGCAGAGACAGGAGGGGGCCGGGGGUAUCGGAGCUCCCCAGGCAGCCGCUCACUUUGCUGCCUUUCCCUCACCCAUGGGUGGAACCGUCCCUGUCCUGCCGGUCACCCAGCAUGAGACCCACAGGGACCCCUGCACCCCGCAGGGACCCCCGCACCCCACACAGCCUCCCCCCUGCAGCACCGACAGCCCCGGGCCACAGAGCAGAUCCCAUGAACCAAAGAGCAGAACAGCCUUCUCCUGCACGGGUCGCACCUCUGCCACGCUCACACCUGAACGCAACGCACUAGAGAAAAGAUUGUAUACUGUGAGGACAAAGCUUUGUAUAUGCUAUAUACAUAUAUAACAAAUUAUUUAUAGCUAUAUAAAUGCAUACCGCAUAUAACCCUACUGCAUAGGUAAAGCCGGGUAUUUGCUUUAAUAACCGUCCCUGUCACUGCAAUCACUACAGUGAGGGAUGGGAUGUACCUUGACAUGAAUUAACUAUGCAAGCACUGAAUAAAACCUCUAUUUUUCACUUUUAAAGCCA